UACAAAACAACCACGACAGUUACUUGAGCUGCGACGCUUCGCAGCUCACAACAACCAAUAUCACCACAUAUAAUAAAUAAGCCAAACCGACGCAACCAUGUUCCCCACCAUGCGAACCGUGGCCCUCUUCGUGGUCCUCACCAUCUGUCUCAUCCAAUUGGUCCUCGCCGCAGAAGACUACUACAAGAUCCUAGGACUAGAUAAGUCCGCCUCGGAAAAGGACAUCAAACGCGCCUACAGACAUCUGAGCAAGAAGUUCCAUCCGGAUAAGAACCCAGGCGACGAAACCGCGCAAAAGAAAUUCGUCGAAAUCGCCGAAGCCUACGACGUGCUCUCCACGUCCUCCACCCGCAAGAUCUACGACCAAUACGGCCACGAAGGCCUCGAACAGCACCGCCAAGGCGGCCGACAAUCGCACGACCCAUUCGAUCUAUUCUCGAGAUUCUUCGGCGGCGGAGGCCAUUUCGGACAUGCGCCGGGACAUCGCCGGGGACCGGACAUGGAGCUCCGGGUCGGGUUACCGCUCAGGGAUUUCUACAACGGACGGGACUUCUCAUUCGGCAUUGAGAAGCAGCAGAUCUGCGAUGCGUGCGAGGGUACCGGGUCCGCGGACCGGGAGGUUGUCACCUGCGAUAAGUGCUCUGGACGGGGAAUGAUCAUCCAGAAGCACCAGCUCGCGCCGGGCAUGUUCCAGCAAGUGCAGAUGCAUUGCGAUAAGUGUGGCGGACAGGGCAAGAUGAUCAAGAAGCCGUGCCCGGUGUGUCAUGGCCACCGGGUUGUUCGCCGCGAGGUCGAGACACAUGCGACUGUGGAACCUGGAAUGGAUAAGGGGAUGCGACUGGUAUACGAGAACGAGGCCGAUGAGAGCCCCGACUGGAUUGCGGGCGACUUGGUGCUGAUUCUGGAGGAGAAGGAGCCGGAGCUAAGCGAUGCCGAGGAACAUCGUACGGAUGGGACGUUUUUCCGUCGCAAGGGCAAGGAUCUGUUUUGGAAGGAGGCGCUGUCGCUACGCGAGGCGUGGAUGGGCGAGUGGACGCGCAAUAUCACGCAUUUGGAUGGACAUGUGGUUCACUUAGGGAGGAAGCGCGGGGAGGUCGUGCAACCGUUGUCGGUGGAGACGAUUAAGGGUGAGGGUAUGCCGCAUUACUCGGAUGGUCAUCUUCAUGAUAAUGACGAUGAGGAUGAAGAGCCUGGGAACUUGUAUGUCGAGUAUGCGGUUAUCUUGCCGGAUGAGAUGGAGAGCGGCAUGGAGAAGGACUUCUUUGCCCUGUGGGAGAAGUGGCGUAAGAAGAAUGGAGUCGAUUUGGGUCGCGAUAGUGGGAGGCCUAUGCCUGCUCCGCCGGUGAAGGAUGAGUUAUGAUAGAUAUUUAUUGCUUAAUUCUUGCUCGCUUUCUCUCUCCCUCUAUCUUUCCCU